ACUCCUGACUCCACUACUGGACUGGGACGAAUUCUCAGUGGUGCUGGUACCAGGGGUGGAAACAAGAUGUCGUGGUGUAGGGAACCUUUGAAACAGGUGAUACUCCUGUCAUCAAGGGAGAAUCUGAUGCGCCACCUCUGUCCAGAGAAUAAUUAUGACAGAUGCAACUCAGACUCAACUACAGAGGUACCUACGGCAGUGGACGCAUCAACAGCGUCCUGUCCACUAUAACCAUGGAUACUGGCUCCUGGGAUCUUCAAUCGUUACACUACAACUGAUUCAUCGCUGGAAUAAUCGUGAUGGUGUGUGGCGUCCAAGAGAAACAAACAGGGACUGAGGAGAGCAGAACACCACACCGCUGUAUGAAUACAUCACUUCCAAAGACAUUACCAUGGCGAGAGAAAUGAAAGCUAUACAGGACUGUCACCUAGAAAACAUCUGACAACAUUUGGGUGUUUUUUUGGUUGUUUUUUUGCCACUACAUAAACUUACAGCAUACAUAUAUUAUACAUGUAAAUAAUAACAUGCUACAUCACGGGCCACCCAUGCGGAACAAUAAUAGCUCCA